ACAUAGCUGUGACGCCAAUAGAAGCCGACAUCCUGAUAGCAAACAACGGAAACAAUCCUCGCUGGUUUAGGUUUAUUUAUCUGCCUCACUUCUGAGCAAAAUGAGCAAACAUGGCAAAAAGGGUAAUGUUUCAUGGGUCAAGCCGGCAGAGCCAUCUUUUCUAAAAAAAUUCAAAAGUGAUGUUGGGUAUAAGGAGGGGCCGACGAUUGACACGAAGAGACAAGACAUGCCCGAGGUCGACGAUGAUAGCGGUGGUAGUGAUCGCGAGGAUGAAUUGCCGCAAAUAGUUGUUCUCAAGAAAGGCGACCUGAGUGCUGAUGAAGUUCAGCAUAUGAAAAAAGACACAAAGGACGAGGAGCCUCCUUCAGACGGCAAGAUCGUGUUCAAGAAACCAGCAAAGCGCUCGUCCUCAGAUAAGUUCCAGGGUAUUUCCGCCAGCUCCAGCAAGAAGAAGAAGAAGCACGACGACGAGGAAGAAGGCAAGGGCGAAUCAAAAUCAGAGACGAAAGUGAAAAACAAAAGUUUGCUGUCAUUUGUUGGUGAUGACGAGGAUGAAGAUGACUGAACUGCUCGCUAGCAGCAGGCUCCUCAUGAUCGACAACAUUCAGUUGAUUUAAGCAUUCAUAGUUAUUGUGUUCUUUUUGUAUGCCUCAUUCUGUGAUUCAUUUUCUAAAAAUUUUAAAUAAUGUAAAUGAGUGGUUUCUAUUUGGAGGGACACACUCUGUUCAUCUGGAUGAGUUGUGUUAGGCAGAAUUUCCUUGAGCAAUGUAAAAACGGGGAAAGCCGCAGCAGAUAUACACUUGUGAAAUAAUAAUGACCAAGUUAUGGUAGAUGCUUGCAGAACUGAACGUGUGAAGGGAUAAGAUUGAUGCAUUGCAAGCAACAAAGGAAAGGCGUCCGCACCUCUCAUUGGAUGUAUGUACAUAUAGCUUCUACAAAGGAGCUCUUCUUUAAAUGUCUUAUCAUUUAUCAAUGUAUUUGCCAUCCCGAGAUUUGGGAUAGUAUGGAUCACCAUUUGUUACUGUAUGGAGGGAAAGGUUUUAGGCAAAAAAUAAAACCAAAACCUUCUUGUA